AUGGAUUUCAGAUGGUGGAGAAGAUCAUUCUCUGGAGCUUUGCUUUCUUGGAUGUUCUUCUUUCUUCGCAUUUCUUGUUUGGACAAAGCUCCAGACUUCACAUUUGUGCACGAAGCAACGUCGGCUCCGCUAGAGAUUUUCUACGACUACAUAAUUGUCGGCGGCGGUACUGCCGGGUGUCCUCUAGCUGCUACUCUCUCGCACGGCGACGCAAAAGUCUUAGUCCUGGAACGUGGUGGCUCGCCCUACACUAACCCUAACAUCACCGACAUUGGCAACUUUGCUUCUGUUCUUCUGGACAAGUCUCCCACUUCCCCGGCGCAGCCCUUCACCUCCGAGGAUGGUGUCUACAAUGCAAGGGCACGCAUCCUUGGCGGCGGCUCAGCUGUCAAUGCCGGGUUUUACUCGCGUGCCAGCACGCCCUACAUCAAGGAAGCGGGGUGGAACCAAAAAUGGGUCGAACAGGCUUAUGAAUGGGUUGAACAAGUUGUGGCAUUUCAACCUCCCAUGUUGGAGUGGGAGACUGCUCUAAGAGAUGGCUUGCUUGAAGUCGGAGUGUUGCCGAAUAACGGCUAUACCUUCAACCAUUCCUACGGUACUAAAGUCGGAGGUACCAUUUUCGACAGAGAAGGCCAUAGACACACCGCCGCGGAUUUGCUUGAGUAUGCAAACCCGAGCAGUAUCACCGUCUACUUGCAUGCCAUUGUGCACAAAGUUUUGUUUAGACGCAUUCCCGGUAAGAGAAGGGCAAGGCCUCAAGCUUAUGGUGUGAUAUAUAAAGAUGCAAAUGGAGUUAGGCACCAAGCUUACCUAAACAGUGACCCCAAGAAUGAGAUUAUAUUAACAGCUGGAGCUAUUGGGAGUCCUCAGCUACUGAUGCUAAGUGGUAUUGGGCCGGGUUACCAUCUUCAGAAGCACGGCAUUCAGAUGGUGGUGGAUCAGCCGUUGGUGGGGCAAGGAAUGGCUGAUAAUCCAAUGAACGUCCUCCUCAUUCCGUCACCUCUGCCGGUUGAGGUGUCUCUGGUUCAAGUUGUAGGCAUAACCAGAUUUGAUACCUUCAUUGAAGGAGCUAGCGGAUUGAGCUUGGUUUAUCCUUUGGCUCAAAGGCUUGCUAAGAGCUUUAGGCUCAUAUUGAAUGAGGGUAAUUAUGAGCCUUUCAAAGUUGUACCAGAAGCCAAGCCGAUAGCAGUAGACACAGUAAACGCAGUUGUGAACGGGACCCUGAGAGCUGGAGUCAUCCUUGAAAAAAUCACAGGUCCGCUCUCCAGAGGUCAUCUAGAGCUGAGGAACCUGGAUCCUGAUGACACUCCGUUUGUCACAUUCAACUACUUCAAAGAGCCAGAGGACUUGAGGAGGUGCAUUCAGGGUAUGAGGACCAUUAUCAGUGUGAUCAAUUCCAAAGCCUUUUCGAAGUUCCGUUACAAGAAGAUGCCAAUCGAAGCUCUCAUUAAACUGAUGCUGACUUUGCCGAUUAACAAUAGGCGAAGACAUGCGAACGCUAUGUUUUCCUUGGAGCAAUUUUGCAUAGACACAGUGAUGACCAUAUGGCAUUAUCAUGGAGGUUGUCAAGUUGGGAGGGUUGUGGACAAAGAGUACAGGGUGCUUGGUGUUGAUUCACUUAGGGUUGUUGAUGGAUCCACAUUUCAUCAGACUCCAGGAACUAAUCCUCAAGCUACAGUCAUGAUGCUUGGCAGGUAUGUGGGAGAAAGGAUUGUUCAUGAAAGAUACCUAUCUCGAAGAUCAGAAGAGAAGAAUUGAUCGAGUACAUAAUGUCGAUGGCGCGCGACGUUGAUCAAGUACAUUUCUGCAAGACAUUUGAAUAUUUUGUAGGAGUGUAGAUCUGAAUUUAUUAUCUAGAUAUUUUUUUAAUGUUGUACUACUGCGGAUCACAUCCUAUAGCUAGCUAGUGAAUAAAGGUAUUGGUGUAGAUUGUAGAAGAAUAAGCUGUGGUACCCUUAUUACAAUGUAAGCUAUCCCUAUUGAUAUUUAAUCCCCAACUUGCUGUUGUCUUGUUCAGUGAAGCAAGACAUGAAAACUAAGAAGUUUACACUUGGAUCUGGCUCCUCUAGAAUGAAGAAGGCGUAAAG